AUGGGGCGCAACCGGAAGGGACGACAGUGCGGCGGCUACGGCUCGAAGAAGGAGCGAUUUGUGCUGCUCCGCCGCUGGCAGCAGGAGGUAAACAAGGUCUCGCGGAAGAAUGCGCAGAGCAGGCAAGCGCAGCGCAAGCUGGUGGACCAGCAGAGACGCGCCGAGACUGACAAUGCCGUGCGUCGUAGAGUGCGUGUGGACGUGCUGGCGGCUUGGACCAACGCUCGUCUAAAGGACGACCACAUUGAGCGGAUCAAGCGCGAGGGAGCGUUGUCCAUCGCCUCGGAGCUGCAGAAAACGUCGGUGGUGCACGAAUUCUCGUCACUACAAGAACGAUGUAUCUACGAGAUCGCUCGAUCGUUCGAUCUGUACAGCUCUUCGUGCGAGUUCACACAGGCGUUCUUUGCCUCCUUCGAGCCGUGGAUGGUGUCCAGACUGGCCGAGCUGACGACUGCGUUCAAAACUGUGAGCGACGGCAAUGUAAAGCUCUUGCUAUUGCAGCCGACUGAGCACCUCAGCAUCGGCUUCGUGCGAGACGAGAAGUCAUUGGCCCCGUUGUUCGAUGAGGAUGAGGCAGAUCACCGCAUGGCAUGGCAGUUAACGUCUGGUCAGUUGAGCGAGACUGAAGCCGAGUCUUGGGAAGAUCUGGAUGUGGAAGACGUCGACAUUGUGCAGGCUCAGGAGGAAGUGCGGCUGUUGUCGCUGAGUCUUGUGUCAUGUCUCGGACUGUCCAGUCGCUUCCUCACUCAGCUAACGAUAACGCAUCCGCAUCUUGAACACCUCAAGAUUGUCGACUGUUUCGAUGCUGCAGCAGGUGAACAAGGCGCUGCAUUGUUACAGCAACUCGCCAAGUCUCGAGCUCUCAAGUCGCUGCACUUCUCCUGGUGCUGCUGGCUCACAACCGAGAUCCUGGUCACAUUCGCGUAUCAAUUACUCGAGCCUCCCAUUUCUCCUCUGCAGGAGCUGCACGUUUCCGACUGCUUCGACGUGCUUGGAGACUACGUGCUGUCCGUGUUCAACGAGUUGCUGCCCCACGUAAAUGUAUCCAUAUGA